AUGGCAACUUCCGUUAAUGGUGGUAGUCGUCGUCGUCCUCACUACUUGCUUGUAACUUUCCCGGCGCAAGGUCACAUAAACCCGGCGCUUCAACUAGCCAACCGUCUCAUCCACCACGGCGCAACCGUCACAUACGCCACCGCCGUCUCAGCUCACCGUCGUAUGGGCGAGCCACCUUCUGCCAAAGGCUUGUCCUACGCCUGGUUCACCGAUGGAUUCGACGACGGUCUCAAAUCCUUCGAGGACCAGAAAAUCUACAUGUCUGAGCUCAAACGCUGUGGUUCAAACGCACUGAGUGACAUCAUCAGAGCCAAUUUAGAAGACGCGACCUCCGGCACAGAGCCUAUCACCGACGUUAUCUACUCUGUGCUUGUCCCUUGGGCUUCUACGGUGGCGCGUGGGUUUAACCUCCCGACUACACUUCUCUGGAUUGAGCCCGCCACUGUACUCGACAUCUAUUACUACUACUUCAACGCCUCUUACAAACAUCUCUUCGAGAUUGACCCGAUUAAAUUACCGGGACUGCCACCGAUCUCCACCGGGGACCUCCCGUCGUUUCUUCAGCCCGGGAAGAUAUUACCGUCGGCUCUUGUAACGCUGAGAGAACACAUCGAAUCUCUCGAAUCGGAAUCGAACCCUACAAUCCUGGUGAACACUUUCUCUGAAUUGGAAUCCGAUGCGUUAACCUCCGUCGAGAAACUCAGAAUGAUUCCGAUCGGACCGUUGGUUUCCUCCUCCGACGAUUCUUCAGCCGGUAAAGCCAAUCUAUUCCGAUCUUCUUCGGACGGGGAGGAUCACACGAAAUGGCUAGAUUCGAAACUCGAGAAGUCUGUGAUUUACAUAUCCUUGGGCACACACGCCGACGAUUUGCCGGAGAAACACAUGGAGGCGCUCACUAGCGGCGUGUUAGCCACAGGCCGGCCGUUCUUAUGGGUCGUGAGGGCGAAAAACCCAGACGUGAAGAACCGAUUUCUGGAAUUGAUCAGAGGAAGUGAUCGAGGAUUGGUGGUUGGGUGGUGUUCUCAGACGGCGGUGCUGUCGCAUCCGUCGGUGGGGUGUUUUGUGACUCACUGCGGUUGGAAUUCGACGCUGGAGAGUUUAGAGAGCGGAGUUCCGGUGGUGGCGUUUCCGCAGUUCGCGGACCAGUGCACGACGGCGAAGCUUGUGGAGGACACGUGGCGGAUCGGAGUGAGGGCGAAGGAAGGGGAGGAAGGACACGUGGAUGGAGAUGAGGUGAGACGGUGUCUGGAGAAGGUGAUGGGAGACGGAGAGGAUGCGGAGGAGAUGAGAGAGAAUGCGGCGAGGUGGAAGACGAUGGCCAUUGAUGCUGCGGCGGAAGGAGGACCGUCGGAUUUGAAUCUUAAGGGAUUUGUGGAAGAAGACAAGGAAGAGUGA